GCGCGUGUGUGAGUGAGUGUGUGUGUGUGUCAGCGACAGAUUUCUGAAGAUGCUGGAGAGGUAGCUAGUCUGUCGGGAUGGCCGGAAUCAUCAAAAAGCAGAUCCUGAAGCACCUGUCCAGGUUCACUAAGAACCUCUCCCCGGAUAAGAUCAACCUGAGCACGCUGAAGGGAGAGGGGCAGCUGUCCAACCUGGAGCUGGACGAGGAGGUCCUGCAGAACAUGCUGGAUCUGCCCACCUGGCUGGCUGUCACCCGCGUCUACUGCAACAAGGCUGCUAUACGGAUACAAUGGACAAAGCUGAAGACCAGUCCCAUAUGUUUGUUCCUGGAUAAAGUAGAAGUUGAAAUGAGGACCUGUGAGGAACCCCGACCCCCAAACGGCCCCUCUCCGAUUGCCAUUACUGCAGGCCAAAGUGAGUAUGGCUUUGCUGAGAAGGUCGUGGAGGGAAUGUCUGUGAUCAUCAACUCCAUCACGAUUAAAGUUCAGGCCCGAGCGUUUCACGCCUCCUUUGAGCUUUGGCAGCUCCAGGGCUGCAGCCUCAAUCCCAAAUGGCAGAAGAGCGACCUGCGCUACACGCGCAUUACACAUCCAAAGAGAGGAGAGGUCCUAACGUUCAAGGAGAUCAACUGGCAGAGUCUGCGCAUAGAGGCGGAUGCCAUCGAGAGUGAUGAGCAGGAUCUGGGCAGCACGCCACUGCGCCUCAUUACCAAUCAAGGACGCAUACGCAUCGCUCUCAAGCGCAGGGUGAAGGACUGUAAUGUCUUGGCCUCUAAGCUGCUGUUUAUACUGGAUGAUCUGCUGUGGGUGCUGACAGACUCUCAGCUCAAGGCCAUCAUCAACUACGCCAAGUCUCUGAGUGAAGCCAUGGAGAAGUCCGGCCAGCAGAGGAAGAGCAUGGCUGCUGAGACAUUACAGACUGCGCCACCCUCUCCUGGGAUCCACUCUCUGUGGACUGAACCUCCUCCACCCGAAGCGGGCGGGACCCCCGGCACACUGGCCCAGUAUUUUGACCUCCACGAUGUCAAAGAAUCAUCCUACCACACUUUCAUCUCCCGACUCGACCUGCAUAUCUGCAACGACAGCUCCUCAGAUUCCGAUGAAGCUCCACCUCCAGGCAUGCAGGGUGCGAUGCAGCUGACCUUCCGGAAGCUGGGCUGUGACUAUUACCCGUUCCACAGGCCAGGUGAUGGCUGUCGGCAUUGGGAGCGUCACUGUGGAGCGAUGGAGUCUCGUGCUCAGUGGGCCGCCAAACUGCUGCAGGAGUUUCAGAGGAGGGUGGAGGAUCUGGGCAUCCCUGGACCGCAUUCAGAGCCAAAUGUGUCCGCUAAAGUCUCUCCAGCCAAAAAAAUCAAGGAUGGAGAAUCACUGUCCAAUUUCAGUCCUGAGCGGUCUCAGACCUCACGGCGGACUUCAGCAGCCGCCCCGUCCUCAGGAACCCCGCUGAAGAGACUUCGCUCCAGCUGUAUGGUGAUCCGUGUGGAUGACCUGGACAUCCAUCAGGUGUCCACUGGAGGCCGUCACAGCAAGAGAACACAGUCUCUCCUCUCCUGCAACCGCAAAUCCUUACAUCUCCCAGACAACACUCCUGCAAUUCACCUUCAGUUCACUGAAUACUACUUCCCUGAUAACCCUGGACUUCCUGGUGCGGAGCAAAGUGCACGGCCAGAAGAGUCCGGUCCCUCCAUGAUGGGGAACCUGCGGCUUCAGUCCAUGAAACAGUCGCCUUCCCAGAAUUCCUGUGACAGUGCCAUUUUAGAAAGUAGUCUGGCGGACGAUGGCAUGUCCAUUGAUAGUGACAUCAGUGAAAACUUUGUCAUCCUCAUGGACUCUGAGUCUGGUGUGGAGUCUUUGCGUCCGAAUGGUGCAGGUGUCUCCGGCAGCUGUGUUAGUCUAGCUCCAGGAACAGAAGGCGGCUCAUCAGCAGACCUCAGCAGCUCCCUGUCCCAGAGCACUGAAGACAUUGCUCAAGAUAUGGUGUCUGUGUUAGUUCUGUGUCUGAGGCGAAUAGGGUGCCUGACGGAGAAGUGUGGUGAAGAUAUCGUGGUGGCGCUGGAAGCCCAAGAGCUUGUGCCUAAACAACAUGGCAACCAUAAAGUCAUAGACCUGCUGGCGGGACUGGCACUGACUGAGGACAUCGACAAACGUACAUACGAGGAGCAAAGUGCACGGCCAGAAGAGUCCGGUCCCUCCAUGAUGGGGAACCUGCGGCUUCAGUCCAUGAAACAGUCGCCUUCCCAGAAUUCCUGUGACAGUGCCAUUUUAGAAAGUAGUCUGGCGGACGAUGGCAUGUCCAUUGAUAGUGACAUCAGUGAAAACUUUGUCAUCCUCAUGGACUCUGAGUCUGGUGUGGAGUCUUUGCGUCCGAAUGGUGCAGGUGUCUCCGGCAGCUGUGUUAGUCUAGCUCCAGGAACAGAAGGCGGCUCAUCAGCAGACCUCAGCAGCUCCCUGUCCCAGAGCACUGAAGACAUUGCUCAAGAUAUGGUGUCUGUGUUAGUUCUGUGUCUGAGUCGAAUGGGGUGCCUGACAGAGAUGCGUGGUGAAGAUAUCGUGGUGGCGCUGGAAGCCCAAGAGCUUUUGCCUAAACAACAUGGCAACCAUAAAGUCACAGACCUGCUGGCAGGACUGGCACUGACACAGGCUGGUUCUUCCUCCCCAAGUGCGCCUCUGUCUCCCGGGCCCCAGUCUCUUUACUGUCCCCCAGCAGCGGCCCUCAGGAUGGAGAUGGGACCAUGUGCAGGCAGACACUCUCCUCUGUCUGAGAGUGUGGGCUUCAUGGAAAUGUGCUUGACAGGGUGCAAAGCAGAGCUCCUGGCUUCUACCUUAAACACGCUGGGACCCUUCCUGGAAGAUGAGCUCAGCGCAGACCCCCAGCCAAUGAGACUGUGGUUACGGGACACUGCUAUUACACUAAAGGAUGAUGGUCCUCGUGUCUACCCGACCGCUCCUCAACCAGUUCCUGUGCUUUUCUCUCUGGACGGUAUUGUGCUGGAGCGUUUGGAUGAUGGAAUCCUCAGCUUGAGACCUGCGCAGAGCCAAUCAGGGAUUGAGACCAGUGGGGACAAAGAUAGAGCUGGCCAAUCCUGCUUUAGAGCUGAGGAGAAAAACAAGUCUCUGGAGUCCAGACUCGCUGAUGUCCAGUCAGCUCUAGAGAAAGCUCUGUCUGACCGAGAGCGCCUGCUACAGGAAGUGAUGAAACACAACCCCUCCUUCACCUUAUGAUGUACAAAGGGAAAGAAACCAGACUUGAGUCCAAAUGAGGCAGAAGAGAAUAUGUCUUGUAGAUAAACCAGAAGAACAAGAGGGUUUGCCUCUGCUGACUCAAAGUUCUCAUCCAUCCCUUUCUGUACCUUUACUCUCUAACGUCUGAGUGUGAAAUCACAUGCCAUCCAGUUCUCUUCAGUCUCUGUAGGCAUCCUCCAUGAGCCUUCCUGUAGUGACGUUUCUUUGUAUGUGACUGCACUACACGGGUUCACCAAGUUCCCAGGACUGAAUCAAGUGAAACGGAUGACACAUGUACACGGAUGACACCUCUUCACUGCACACUGGAUCAUCUCUUUACUUCUGGUCAGCAUGCUUCUUGCACAUUAGUAAUUUUUAGUUUCACGAAAGGACUGUGUACAGCUUUUAGGCUUUAUAGACGUUUCUGAGUGUUAUUUGGUACCACGGCUAUGUAGCGCUGGUAGAUACAAGCUCUGUUCCAGAACCUAGACAGUAGGGCUGGGUUGAUAUUACCAGUUAAUCGAUUGUAAUUAACCAAGAAUCGAUCUUUCAAAAAGUCUGCGAUUUUCUGUUAAUGCAUCAACGAAACGUCACUAAAUAUGACUUGUCAUGUGCCUCCAAUAAUCGCAAUAAGCUUUGCGCUGUUACUUUUAGUAUGAAAGUCUCAACUUUCAAAUUCUAUACAUUUUAGCACAAAAUUCAAACAAAUGGUGUUUGACAUGCUUUGAUUUUAUUGAUGUCUCCGUUCAAGCGGCACGUGAACCUCUUCCUCUUUACUACUAGUUACAGCAUGAAAUGGACAUGAAUGAACAUCACGAGGUUGCUAAAAAAUUCCUUGUUUAAUUUACAUUAGUGUACAAUUUUUUGAAUGUUGCUUAUUUUAUUGAAAAAUGGCAAGUAAAUUUGGACUGUUUUUAAUAGUUUAUAUUUUAUAGUAAUUUAUCAACUGUAAGCUCACAGCAUUGGUUGAGAUUGGUCUCCUCAAGAAAAAAUUUAAACCUGUCCAAAAAUAUAUGUAUGUCCAAAUGAAUCAGUAUAGAAUUGAAUCAACUCGAAUCUAGAGCAUGUGAAGUGGAAUCGGUCUCAGUUACCAGCCCUAACAGACAUAUUACACGUUCUUGACACAACAGGUACUCAAAGAUACUUCUAUUUCAAAUGGACUGAUCUAUUCCUUUUUUUUUUAAAUAUGCAUUUUAAAAUGUCGUGCUUGUAAGAGGAUUCAAGUUGUUCACUUAACAUUUCAAAUCAGUCUCUUGUGAGGUUCCUUGACUGUUAGGAUGCUGCCUUUGAAGGUAACUAGUAAGCGUAGACAGCAAGGCAGUUUGCUAGGUUUAGGAACAGAGCUGUGGAUUUGACUAGAGUACUGUGUUGUACGUUUCUUAUCGGCUGCUAUUCAGUGUGUAAAGUACAGCUGAUGUGUGUGUGUGUUAUUCAUGAAAGGAGCCGGAACAAAAGCACUUUGACUUAAAUGCACUGUAAAUAGCACAGUUUUUAUCUGAGGUUCAGUGUACAAAAGAUGGUACUUCUGUUAACCAACACAUCCUCGGUCAUUGUACUUCGAUGCCGUCCGUUUCCUCUAGUGUAGGAUCACGGUUCUCAUGCCGUACAGAUGAAGUGAUCAUAGAGAAGCAUUAGUGCCAGUGCUGGUGGUCAAAUUAUUUGGUGCACAGGGACUUCAGAUGGGAAGUCACUUUUAUUCAGUAUUACAGUGCGCAUCUAUCCAGAUUUAUUACAUUGUAAACUGAAAAACGUUUAUUUUUUGGUUAUAGUCUGUUACACUAAUGUCACAUCUACUCUGUAGAGUUCAGACAAAAAUAUUAACUUUUAUGCAUAUUUAUUUGAACUUUAUAUGUAUGAGAUGGUUUCUUUUGACUGGACGUCCAUUAACAAGUACAUGAAA